UAUCAAAGAAGUGUUAUUAAUUCACGUGCAGAGUAUGUAUCCAAAUUCAGACCCCAACGUCAUGGGCAGAAAGCUAAGCUAGUCAGUUACGAGUGACGACGACUCACUGAGUCAAACUCGUGGACCCCUCUUCUUCCUCAAUCCCAAUCCCAAAUAUCUCCUUCUCUCUCUGAAACUCUCUCUCUCCUCCAAAACCCUACUCUCUCUCCAUUUUCAAUGCCUCUUCUACCAAUUCCUCAAUAAUUCACCCCCUCUUCUUCAGAUUCACCUCCCCCAUGGAAACCGACACAUGCAAGAGUAAGAUUCAGAUAAACGGUUACUUCGUUUACACACGCAGAAAGCGUAAUCAUCACCGCGAUUUCGAUAACGAAGAACCGAAGAGGCUGAAAAUCUAUGAAAAUGCGGAUGCGGUGAAGAACGACGUCGUUAAAUGGACUUCGAAACGGCAACGGCGGCCGUCGUUUAAGGUGAAAGUUGAUUCAGGUGAAGAUGUUUCAGCUGCUGCUAAACUCGCUGCUGAGAGUGUUAAGAUUGAGAAGAACGAAACGGUUGGUGAGAAGUGGUUGACUAUGAAGGAGCUUUUUGAUACUGGUUUUCUUGAUGGUGUUCCGGUUGUUUAUGUCGGUUGCAAAAAAGAGGCUAUAAAUUCGAGACUGGAGGGCGUGAUUGCUGGUGGGGGGAUAUUGUGCUCAUGCUGUCUGUGCAAUGGACGCAGAAUUAUCCCCCCCUCCACGUUUGAGAUUCAUGCCUGUAAUAUAUAUAAGAGAGCAACACAGUAUAUUUGCUUUGAAAAUGGGAAGAGUCUUCUUGAGCUAUUGGGAGUAUGCAGGGCGGCUCCCUCACAUUCUAUGGAAGCCACCAUUCAAAAUUUUCUUUGUUUACCGCCUGAAGAGAAGUAUUUUACUUGCAGGAGCUGCAGAGGGGCUUUCCCUGUUUCAACUGUGAAAAGAGUGGGGCUUAUAUGCCAUUCUUGCGUGGAAGCAAGCAAAUCUGAAGACAGUCCUAUUCGUGGAGUUGGCAAAAGAGUCAGGACUCCUCGACCAUAUCUGUUCUCUAGUCCAUCUAGUAUUUCUGAAACGUGUGUGUCAUCACAAACUAAGAAACAACAGAAGAAGAGAACAAAGUCAUCAAAACGGCUCAGCAUGUCAAAAUCUUCCAAGAAGAGUGCUUCUGUGGCUAUUCUUACGCAGAAGAAAAGUUUGUGCAGCAUGGAAACAAAGUCAUCAAAAGUGUCAGUCAAGUUGAAGAUUGCUCCAAUUACUUCAAAUUCGCAGUGUUCAUCUCCACCAAAUAAGAGUCAGUUGAGGAUCAAUAAGAAGCAUCAGCGAUUGCAUAAAUUAAUUUUUGACGAAGAUGGAUUGCCUGAUGGAGCUGAAGUAGCUUAUUAUGCACGUGGACAGAAACGGCUUGAGGGUAUCAAAAAGAAAUCCGGAAUACUUUGUCGAUGCUGUAACACCGAGAUCAGCCCCGCACAGUUUGAGGUUCAUGCAGGGUGGGCUUCUCGCAGGAAGCCUUAUGCAUACAUCUACACGUCAAAUGGGGUGUCUCUCCAUGAGUUGGCAUUAUUCCUCUCAAAAGAUCGCAAAUGCACUGCCAAAUAUAAUGAUCUUGCAUGCAUUGUUUGUUGGGAUGGUGGAAAUUUGUUUCUCUGUGAUGGAUGCCCAAGGGCAUUUCAUAAAGAAUGUGCAUCUGUAUCAAGUACUCCACGACGUGGUCGGUACUGUCCAAUCUGUCAACACAUGUUCCUUGGAGAAGGAUCUGUGGCUCUCAAUCCUGAUGCUGUGGCAGCUGGAAGGAUUGAAGGAGUUGAUCCUAUAGAACAGAUUGCCAAGAGAUGCAUUCGCAUAGUGAAAGACUUUGAAGCGGAGACUGGUGGAUGUGCUUUAUGCAGGGGUUCUGACUUCAGCAGAUCAGGAUUUGGUCCACGUACAAUAAUAAUUUGUGAUCAGUGUGAAAAGGAAUAUCAUGUGGGCUGUUUGAGGGAUCAUAAAAUGGCAUAUUUGAAGGAAUUGCCGGAAGGGGACUGGCUUUGUUGCAAUGAUUGCACAAGAAUACAUUCUAUUUUGGAGAACCUCUUAGUUAGGGAAGCUGAGAAACUCCCUGAAUCUCUUUUGGAUGUUAUAAAGAAAAAGCAAGAGGAUAGAUGUUUGGAACCCCUUAAUGAGAUUGAUAUAAGAUGGAGACUUGUUAAUGGCAAAGUUGCUUCUCCUGAAACCAGGCCGUUGCUUUUGGAGGCCCUGUCAAUAUUCAACGAAUGCUUUGAUCCUAUAGUUGACGCAGCUACUGAACGUGACCUUAUUCCUUCCAUGGUUUAUGGACGGAAUUUGCAGACUCAGGAUUUUGGAGGAGUGUACUGUGCAUUAUUAAUGGUCAAUUCAUCUGUGGUAUCUGCGGGCAUGCUACGGAUUUUUGGUACAGAUAUUGCAGAACUCCCAUUAAUUGCUACAAGACACAAGAACCGUGGAAAGGGCUACUUCCAAACACUGUUCUCGUGCAUUGAAAGGCUGGUGGCCUUCUUGAAUGUGAAGAACCUUGUGUUACCAGCUGCUGAAGAAGCAGAAUCCAUUUGGAAAUAUAAAUUUGGGUUUAGCAGGACGAAACCUGAGCAGCUUACCAACUUUAGAAAGAACUGCCAACAGUUGAUGGCAUUCAAAGGGACAGUUAUGCUUCACAAAUCGGUGCCUCGAUGUCGGAUCAUUCAUAGUCAGUCAUGAGAAAUGAGAAAUCUGUAUAAAAAGGUCACUAAUUAAAGGGGGAAAACCCUGAGCUGUGUCUUAUUCUUUUCUGGCUCUGCUAAGUUUUUUAUUUGAAGCCAUUUGUGAAGCUAUCAUGACAUUUGUAUAACAUUUAUGUUGUAGUUCUCUUAUUUUUUAUUUGAAUAUUGAUCUUGUACAUCUACUUUGCGGUGUAAUACCGUGCUAUUUUUAUUUUAUAUAAAUGAGAUGUAGGAAGAGUUUACUGGUUAUA